ACAAGUUAGAAGAAAUCUCAGGUUUAUCAUUCACUGAAUCAAUAAUCUUGGGAGAAGGUUCUGCUUUAUCAUCCACAGAUUCUAUGUAUAUGAUCUUAGGGAGCGGAGAUAUAUCAGUAGACACUGAUGUCGAAGCAACUGAACAUUCUGGUACAUUAAAUACAGAGAUAUUUGUGGAUGUGUUGGAGGAUGUCUCAGCUUGA